CCUGUGGAAGGAGAAAAACCAAACACACUUAGCUGAGCAUCUGCUGAGAACAACCCAGAGACCAAAGAAGCUGCAAACAACCUGCUGCCAACUACCACCAUGAAGACCACCUUUGCUGCCGUUGCUCUCCUUGUUCUGGCUCUUGGCUUGACCUCUGAGGCCGUGGAGGUUGAAGAAAAUGGAUUGAUUUUCUCUCUGGAGGCCGUAAAAAGGCUUCAGGAGCUAUCGGAGAGCAGAGCCAUGACCGGCCAACUGAAUCCGAGGUUCAGGGCAAGCCCCAUUUCACUCUGUGCCGAGCCCAUGCUGCCCCAGGAGCUGCUGCCCCUCUGCAAGCAGGCAGGAGGGUCUUCAUCUCUGGUCAGAUUAGCUGCGGUUCCCAUGGAUGUCUGUGAGAUCUGCGCAUUUGCUGCCUGCACUGGUUGCUAAACUCUCAUUGCAAGCCAGAAACCUCUUGCCUCGCUUUAGGCUAAUGAUCUUUUUGUCCUCCCAUCCCCUUUAAAACCUGAUAAUUAUUUUCCCUGAAAUGACGAGCCAAAGGCUUUAUCCUUGAUGUUCUGCCGCAGUGGGCACUUGAUAUAUUUUGAAAUAUCUAUCAGACCAAAAAAUGGCCACAAAAAAUAUUAAUCAGACUGAGGAAUGUUUUGAAAACUGUUACUAUAGCGUAUUGACUUUUUUUUUUUAUCAUUCAACUGACAGCUCUUGCCAAACAAUUUAUUUUGGAUUUUACAUUGGAUGUUACAUUUCUCUUACUUUGCUUUACAUAUUUAAAGAAAUGUUUUCUUUUCGCCUUAUUAUAUUAUUGUUAUUUUGAAUAAAAAGCAUUCAUUCAAUGACCUUGUA